GUGAGUUGCAUUUUCAGAAAUAGGACAUGCGAUGGCAGACGACAGCAAUUGUCUCUGCAUAUUCAAAGCAGCUCGUCGCAAAUUCCUAACCUUCUUCUUCUGAUCCCAUUCCCACAUCCCUUCCACCCCACCUACUCUCUCUCUCUCCGCCGAUUACUACUCCAAUUGCAGAGCAGCUCAAAAGCGAGAUCGUUUUGAUGGCUUGCAUUCGUAACCCGUUUGAGAGCAUACUGAAGACUCUUGAAAAGCCUGGUGGCGGUGAAUUUGGCAAGUACUACAGCUUACCUGCUCUCGAUGAUCCAAGAAUCGACAGGCUUCCUUACUCGAUAAGAAUACUUCUCGAAUCAGCGAUUCGUAACUGCGAUGAGUUUCAAGUUACGAGCAAGGAUGUUGAGAAAAUUAUUGAUUGGAAGAACACUUCACCCAGGCAGGUUGAAAUUCCAUUUAAGCCUGCUAGAGUGCUUCUUCAGGAUUUUACUGGUGUUCCUGCUGUUGUUGAUCUUGCCUGCAUGCGUGAUGCUAUGAACCAGCUUGGUGGUGAUUCUAAUAAAAUUAACCCAUUGGUUCCUGUUGACCUUGUUAUUGAUCACUCAGUCCAAGUUGAUGUAGCAAGGUCAGAAAAUGCAGUGCAGGCAAAUAUGGAACUUGAGUUCCGACGGAAUAAAGAAAGAUUCAGUUUUCUCAAAUGGGGAUCAAAUGCAUUCCAUAACAUGCUUGUUGUUCCUCCAGGAUCUGGGAUAGUCCAUCAGGUGAAUCUGGAAUACCUUGCCAGAGUCGUAUUCAAUACAGAUGGCAUCCUUUAUCCUGAUAGCGUUGUCGGAACAGAUUCCCACACAACUAUGAUAGAUGGCCUAGGUGUUGCUGGCUGGGGAGUUGGGGGGAUAGAGGCAGAAGCUGCAAUGCUUGGCCAGCCAAUGAGCAUGGUUUUGCCCGGUGUAGUUGGGUUUAAAUUAUUGGGAAAAUUGAGAGAUGGCGUGACAGCUACUGAUUUGGUUUUAACAGUGACUCAAAUGCUUAGGAAGCAUGGGGUUGUUGGCAAGUUUGUCGAGUUUUAUGGGGAAGGCAUGAGCGAAUUAGCACUUGCUGAUCGUGCCACAAUUGCCAACAUGUCUCCUGAGUAUGGAGCAACUAUGGGCUUCUUUCCUGUCGAUCAUGUCGCACUGCAAUAUCUGAAGCUGACUGGGAGAAGUGAUGAAACAGUUUCUUUAAUAGAGUCCUAUUUGCGGGCAAACAGGAUGUUUGUGGACUACCGUGAGCCCCAGAUCGAGAGAGUGUACUCUUCCUCUCUAGAGUUGAAUCUUGAGGAUGUUGAACCAUGCAUCUCUGGGCCAAAGAGGCCACAUGAUCGAGUUCCUUUGAAAGAAAUGAAAGUGGACUGGCAUGCAUGCCUAGACAAUAAAGUUGGAUUUAAGGGAUUUGCUGUGCCAAAGGAAUCUCAAAAUAAGGUUGUAGAGUUUACCUUCCAUGGCUCUCCUGCACAACUAAGACAUGGGGAUGUUGUCAUAGCAGCCAUCACUAGUUGCACAAAUACCUCAAACCCUAGUGUAAUGCUUGGAGCUGCUUUGGUUGCCAAGAAAGCAUGUGAAUUAGGAUUGGAGGUGAAGCCAUGGAUUAAGACAAGUCUUGCUCCAGGUUCUGGGGUUGUAACAAAGUAUUUGGAGAAAAGUGGCUUACAGAAGUAUUUGAAUCAUCUGGGUUUUCAUAUUGUUGGGUAUGGAUGCACCACUUGCAUCGGGAAUUCUGGAGAUAUUGAUGAAGCAGUGGCCUCAGCUGUCACCGAAAAUGACAUAGUGGCUGCAGCUGUAUUGUCUGGAAAUAGGAAUUUUGAGGGCCGUGUACAUCCUUUAACAAGGGCUAAUUAUCUUGCUUCUCCACCGCUUGUGGUUGCCUAUGCUCUUGCUGGCACGGUUGACAUUGAUUUUGAAACAGAACCCUUGGGGCUGGGAAAGGAUGGAAAGAAGAUAUUUUUCAGGGAUAUUUGGCCAUCCAGUGAAGAAGUUGCAUAUGUUGUGCAAUCAAGCGUUCUUCCAGAUAUGUUCAAGGCUACAUAUGAAGCGAUCACAAAAGGAAAUCCAAUGUGGAAUCAGUUGUCAGUACCUUCCAGCACACUCUAUGUUUGGGACCCGACGUCAACUUACAUACAUGAGCCACCCUAUUUUAAAAAUAUGACCAUGUCCCCUCCAGGCCCGCAUGGAGUGAAUGAUGCCUACUGCUUGCUCAACUUUGGAGACAGUAUUACAACCGAUCACAUCUCUCCAGCUGGCAGCAUCCACAAAGAUAGUCCUGCAGCCAAAUACCUAAUGGAGCAUGGGGUAGAUAGAAGAGACUUCAACUCUUAUGGAAGUCGUCGUGGUAACAAUGAGGUUAUGGCAAGAGGUACAUUUGCUAAUAUCCGUAUUGUGAACAAACUAUUGAAAGGAGAAGUUGGGCCUAAAACAAUUCACAUUCCCACUGGAGAGAAGCUCUCUGUGUUUGAUGCUGCCAUGAGAUACAAGAAUGAUGGACAUGAUACCAUAAUCUUAGCUGGGGCCGAGUAUGGGAGUGGAAGUUCUCGCGACUGGGCUGCGAAGGGCCCAAUGCUACUGGGUGUCAAAGCAGUCAUAGCAAAAAGCUUUGAGCGGAUUCACCGCAGUAAUCUGGUUGGCAUGGGUAUCAUUCCCUUGUGUUUCAAGCCUGGUGAGGAUGUCGAGACUCUUGGUUUGACCGGCCAUGAGCGCUACAGCAUUGACCUUCCAAGCCAUGUGCAUGAGAUAAGACCUGGUCAAGAUGUCACAGUUGUCACGGAUAAUGGGCGAUCCUUUACCUGUACCAUAAGAUUUGAUACAGAGGUGGAGCUGGCUUAUUUCGAUCAUGGAGGCAUUCUGCAAUAUGCCAUUAGGAGUUUGAUCAAUGCAAGACAUUAAAUCUGCAACGAAAGGAUAUUAUUUUAGCAUUUGGAAACCUGCCAGCGUUUUCUUCUCUGGACUAGCCAAGAAACAUGUGGGAAAUUUGUUUCAUUGAUUUACUUGGAGGUGUUGACAAGAAGCUCAACCUGUUUAGUCUCAAUAAGUAGUGACGUGACUGUACCCAUUACCAUUUAACAUAUCUUAAAUGGUCAACAGAAGAAGUAAUUUUUCUGUAUGGUUUACUGUCAUAGUUCAAAUUAUAAGAGAACUCAAUGCUCUUAAUGCUAUUGCUUCCCUUUUUAUUUUUAUUUUUAUUUUUGUUUGUGUUGGUGGUGUAUGACAGACUGUACUAUUUAUUAAAUAAGGGAAUCUGAGAUGUCAAUUUGCA